AUGUACCCGGUGGUGACGGGCACGCCGCCGGCGCGGCUGCCGGCGGCGUCGCGGGUGGACAAGGCCACGAGCCACCUGCUGCAGGGGCCCGACUGGGCCGUCAACCUCGAAAUCUGCGACACCCUCAACGCCGACCGCUGGCAAACAAAGGAUGUGGUAAAGGCUGUGAAGAAGCGAUUGCAGCAUAAGGACCCAAAAGUUCAAUUCUUUACUUUGACGUUAUUGGAGACAAUGAUGAAGAACUGUGGUGAAUAUGUUCAUUUUGAAGUUGUUGAUCAGCAUGUUUUACAAGAGAUGGUUAAAAUUGUCCAGAAGAGGCACGAUAUGCAAGUGAGGGAUAAGGCAUUGUUACUUCUGGAUUCAUGGCAAGAGGCAUUUGGUGGGCCUGGUGGCAAAUAUCCUCAGUACUACUGGUCAUACAUUGAACUAAAGAGGGCAGGAGUAAUGUUCCCACGACGUCCUGUAGAUGCUCCUCCAAUAUUUACUCCUCCUGCAACACAUCAGGUGUAUGGUUCACCUAGAUAUCCUUCUGGAAGUCUAAAUGAGAGAAUCACAUCUGAUGCUGAAACAUUGAGCUUUGAGGGCUUGAAUAAUAUUAGAAAUGCAACGGAACUGCUGUGUGAUAUGGUGAAUGCUUUGAACCCUGCUGAUCGCAUGGCAGUUAAAGAUGAAAUUAUUACAGAUCUUGUAAAUCAAUGUCGUUCAAAUCAACAAAAGCUCAUGCAGUUUGUCAGUUCCACAGGGGAUGAGGAGCUGCUAAAGCAAGGACUAGAAUUAAAUGAUCACUUACAGAGUGUACUCACAAAACAUGAUGCCAUUGCUUCUGGUUCUCCAUUACCAGUUGAAACACCAAGUACUGAACUACGCAGAGAGGAUCCAAAUCCUGAGCCAUCUACACCAAUUACACAUGAUAAUAAGGCUCAAGUUGAAGAGGAUGAAGAUGAUGAGUUUGCUCAAAUAGCACGAAGGAAAAACAAAUCUGUGAUAUCCAGUGAUGAGGCAUCAUCCAGUGCUGGUGAUCAGGCUCUGGUACCUGUUGAUCCAGCACUUUCUGAAGUUUCUGCGGUUGCGAGCAAUGCAAUAGUACCUCUCGACACAUCUUCUGUUAGUGGAACCAGGACGAAGGAGCAGGAUAUGAUUGACCUUCUCAGUCUCACCUUGUACAGUCCUCCUGAAUCAUCUGCAGAUUCUUCAACUCAGAACCAAAAUGGGAGUCAGCCGAGUGUCACGUCAAAUGGACCAGAAACACUGCCGAGCUAUCAGCCUGCUGUGGCAAAUGGGGCAAAUUACCCUGCCAACAACCAGGCUUAUCCAACAAACCAGGGAUAUGCUCCUUACAAUAACUAUGUUGCACCAUGGGCCCAAACAGGACCGGUUGCACAGCCAGGAGCAUAUCCAACUCAACCCCAGCAAUAUGUGACUCAACCCCAGCAAUAUGUGUCUAGCUAUCCGGCACCACCAUGGGCUAUGCCUGCGAGUGCCAAUUCAACUAAUCCUUUCCAGCCUGCGACAUACCAAACGCCAAACCCUCCUGCUGCUUCUGUUGUCCCUGCAGCUACCUAUCCAACUACAUCAAAACCAUAUGCCGCUCCAUCAAUGCAACUUGUUCCAUCUCCAGCACCAAAACCGGUGCAAAGUUACAACUCUUCUAUUUCUCAAACAUACACUGGUCCGAACAUGGCUACAGAUGCUCGGAUGAACGGAAAUCAGCGGCCAAAAGAAACUCCAGUGGCAGCAGCCAGACCAUAUUACAUGCCGGACAAUUUGUUUGGAGACCUGAUCGACGUGAAGAGUUUUGGCGCCGGAAGCAAGAUCAACAGGUCUACCAGCAUGCCGAGUCCAAAGGGUGGUGGCCAGCCUAUGAUUGGUAGAAACAAAUAG